GCUGUAAUCCCUCCCCGGAGCAGAGAGAGAGCGUAGGGAGCUUUGGCUGCUAAAUGCUCCAGCCUCAGAGGGACGAUGGUGGAGGGCUGGUAAAGAUGGCGGCACUCUCCGAGGAUGGGAGGUAUGGAUUAAAUUGUGGCCAGCACAGCGCAGACAGAGUCACCGUACUACACGUGAAAUUGACCGAGACAGCGCUGAGAGCAAUAGAGAGCUAUCAAAACUGUAUGAAUGUACCUUCUUUGCCACCAACAAUACAAUUUAAGGGACUCCAAGGGCGCAUUAAAAUUCCCAAGACUGACUCCUCCUCAGAAACCUUCCAUAGUUUUGAUUUCUACCUGUCUAAUGUGGGCAAGGACAAUCCUCAGGGAAGCUUUGAGUGCAUCCAUCAGUAUGUGUCGAGCUCAGGGGCCUCACACCUGGCUUUGUUGGCAGCGGUACAGAACAAGGUCACAGUGUGCGCCACUAAUGACUCCUACCAGGUGACCCGGGAACGUAUGACCCAGGCUGUGGAGGAUACACGUGAACGUGGGACCAAAGUCAUCAAGCCUGGUGGUCAGUACAGAGGAAAGAAAGUGCAUAUUCGUAAGCCUGCACUGUCAGCCCCAGAGGUGGCCCCAGAGCGCAAACGCUCAACACCCAUCAACCCAGCCAACACUAUUCGCAAGUGCCUUUCCAAUAACCCCGUUUCCCAGCGGCCGUUUCGGGACCGAAUUGUCCACCUGCUGGCGCUGAGGUCCUAUAAGAAGUUGGAAGUGCUUGCUCGUUUGCAGCGGGAUGGUAUCAACCAGAAGGACCGAAACUCAUUGGGGACCACCCUGCAACAGGUGGCAAACUUGAAUCCCAAAGACAAUACAUACUCACUGAAGGACUUUAUAUACCGUGAUGUCCAGCGAGAUUGGCCUGGCUACUCUGAGGAUGAGAAGUCCCAGGUUGACCGGAUCCUGACUCGCAAAUUAGGUCUUUCUGCCGAGACAGUUUCAACAAGCAGUUCUCCCAAAGAUGGUGUCCCCACAUCCCCCCAGAAGCGCCAGCCAGACUUUGACUUCAUCGAUCCUUUGGCUCCCAAGAAAGCCCGCAUCUCCCACCUCAGCAAUCGAGGGCCAGUCUCAUCUUCAUCCUCCUCUUCCUCUGACCGCCGCGAGGACGAGGGCAGCCCCAGUUCUAAGCGCUGGUCCCUACCCUCCAAUGCCACCUCGGGCCCUCCCACCCAUCUCCCUAUCUCAUCCCACCCCCCUGCACCCUCUCACCAGCAGCCCAGCCCAGCCUCCAACUCCAACUCACCCAGCACCCCGGAGGGCUGCGGCACUCAGGACCUGCCUAUGGACCAGAGUUCCUCCUGCAGAGACCCUUCACCCAGUCCCUUUUCCUCUGAUAGGACCCUGCAGGACCGCUAUCGACACCCUGUCCCCAGACCAGCUGGCUCCCCCAGUCCUACUCCUCCUUGCACCUCACUCACAGUUACCUCUACUGUCAUCACCAGCCCUCCCUUGUCCAGCAGUACCCAUAAGAAGUUUAAAAAGAAAUCCAAGAAGCACAAAGACAAGGAUCGAGAGAGGGAGAAAGGGAAACGAACAGAAAGAGAGAGCAGUAUACCUCAGAGUGUAGCAAAACCACCUGAGGAGAGUCGUAGAGCCAAAAAGCGGCGCAGUGCUGAGGAAGAACACAGAGAAGUUAUCAGCAAAAAUUCUCACAAAGAUCAAGACUCUUCAGAUAAAGAGAGACCUGUUCAGGCUACCGAAUUGUCAUCCAAAAUUAAGACGCCUGACUAUGUAGUGAAGUACACACCGUUGGUGUCCAAUGAUCAGCGACAAAGCUACAAAGAUGAUUUCAAUGCAGAAUAUGAUGAGUACCGCCUGUUGCACGCUCGUGUAGAGAAAAUCACUCGUCGCUUCACCCAGCUGGAUACUCGGUGUCGGAAGCUGGUUCCUGGCACCAAAGAAUACCAGAAGGUGCAAGAAGAAGUCUUGAAAGAGUACAAAAAGAUGAAACAACACAGCCCCAGCUACCAUGAUGAGAAACUGCGCUGCGAGUACCUGCACAACAAGUUGGCCCACAUCAAGCGGCUAAUAGCUGAUUUUGACCAGCGUAGAGCCCAGGCUUGGUGCUGAGGGCACAGUACAUCUUCACUGCUCAGUAUUGAGAAUGGAGUGUCAAACCAGGAGGGGGUGUCCAGCCGGCUCUUAUUUAUUAACACCCUCACCAACUCAUCAUCCUUCUUUUCCGACCCUUUUGUUUCUCCUAUCAUCCUUCAUUCCUUCCUUCUUUUCUGAUCUUUGAUUCCACGGGCUUCAUUGUUGCCUGCAACCUUGAAAAUCUCCCUUUGACUUUUAACCCCAUCCUUUUUGCUUUCUCGAUAUUUUUAUUUCUUAAUUAGCUCCUGUGGAAUUUGAUACCACUGGACUAGUGGAAGGGGUUGCCUGCAUGCGUGAAGGGUUUGUGGAUAAACUUCAACUCUUCUAACCUUUGAAGGACUUUCUCUUCAGACAAAUAAGUAUUUUUGAGCAUCAGAGAAGAUAUUAACAUGUAUUUAAGUAAAAACAAAAAAGAGGGAGGUCUAUUUAUUUUAAGACUCAUAGUGCAAAAACCAGAGUCAGCAGAUGAUAUAUUGUUUAAUUUUUUUUUCUUGAAAACAAUGCAAAAAAAAAAUUUACCGCGGGCCUUAUGUGUUUUGACUUUGUGAAGCCAUUUUGCACGCAAGAUUCAUAUGUCAUCUCAUCUGGCACAGAGAUCUUCCCUGCCUCAUUUCCUCUCUUUUCAGACAGAACUGUACUGGAUAACCUUGCUUCAACAAUUAAGUUUGAAGCUGAAGAGGAAGGAAAUGAGACAAGGAGGAGAAAUCAUUUGAGCUGAUUGAGAAAACAACAGUAUGUGUGCAUGAGUUGUAAAUUUAGUUGUAAAAACCACAUGGGGUUGUAAGGUUGGGGUAACUGAAGGAGUAUGAUGUCAGUAGGGGGCAGUAUUCCCUGCACCAAAUGUUCAUGGUGCAUCAUGGGUGCCUUAAGGUGUUUACAUUCGGAAUUGUCGAGUUGGGCCGACCUGUAAGGCCCAAAGGCUACACAAUGGAACUACAACUGCCUGGAAACGGGUGUGUGUCAGUGUGCGAAUGAUUGUGUGCGUGUGUGUCAGAGCGCGUCGGAGUGGUGGAGGAGGGAAAGGAUGUGAAGUCUGGAAGGAGUGUUACAAAAAAAGUGUGUGUGUGUGUUUGUAUUGUUGUGCGUUACGUGGUGUGACUGGUGAACGAAAAAUCGAAACGUGGAGAAGUGAGAGUAAUGAAAAACAAACAAAAAAAAGCUGCUAUAGUGUUUUACCAGCCAGAGCACUCAGGAUCAACCUGGCUGGAGUAAAAGUAACAGAUCCUAAUUGAAGAGAUACAGAAGAUCUUUAUUUUCCAGAAUGCUUCCUCCCUUGACUCUACAAAGGACUGCGCCCGCCUCUUGAGCGUCGUCCAAUCUGUUUCUGUUUUUAAAAUGGAGCAAAAACUUGUCAUCCUCCAGAAAUAUCACCUGUAUUAUGGUGUCAAACGUAUUGAUUCUUAGUUUGAGUUCCAGAGAACAGGAAGAUUUUGGAGUAGCUUUUUUUUUUUUUUUCAACAUUGAUAUGGAUUUAGUUUCAUGGAUGGAUGAAUGGCUUCUAUGAAAUUCUUUAUUUCAAUAAGGGAAAAUUUGUUUACAAACUUGUGUUAGAAUGUUUGCCAAAAAUGAAAUGCCUUUCUGGUACUGCUUCCAUGGAGCAAACAAUUCUGAUUGGGGCUGAAUUUGAGGAGACAUAAAUACUGGAAGAUGUGUCUCAUCUACUGAACAAUAAGUAAAACAUCCUUACGUUUGGGGAUCUGAAGAGGAACUUGGCAUUUACUGCACUUUGGCAGUGCUCAGCCCCUUCUCAGGAGUCCUAUUGAAAAUAUUGUGUGGACAAGUAAGUCUUGUAAAAAAAAAAAAAAAAGAAAAAAGAAAAAAAGUGGCACAAUUUUGUUUUCCCCAAAACAAACAUUAAAGCAAUUACUGUCCUGUUCUUUUUUCUUAUUUCUAGAUUAUGGCAUUCCAUCAAAUAGUCAGUCUCUGCAGUAGACUGGCUGUUUUGGUUGGCUGUCAGAGUCAGUUUAGCAUAAUUAAAAACUUGGUUUUGUUGUCUCAAGUUGUUUUGGACAGAAAAUCAGCACUUGUAUAUUGAAGGUGUCACAACAGUAGAUAAAUGUCCACAGAUCUGGGGGUUACAGGGUCUGUGUUUUGGUUAAUUUUUCCUGUUUUAUGUUGAAAUGGUCAUUUCCCUGAUUUCAGAGUUACAAAAGGCCACUUCAACAAACUGAUGUUAACUGGGCUUUACAUAAAGCCUUGAAGGGUUAGCCUCUCACCGUUGUCCUCUUCUCAGACUUCCAAAUGUUUCUGUCCUCAUCGGCGAGAUUUUGUUUAGGUCAGAGCAACACGGAUUAUUAAUCUGUGACUCAGUGUGGCGGGAGGAGGGAGGGAAGGGGCUUGAUUAAGAGUCUUAAUGAGGAAGCUAUUAAUGCUCCAGCAGUACAAGAAACCACAGAAAAUCAAGUGAAUUUUGAGUGAAAUGUGAUCCUGCCCACCUGAAAAUGUACAAGACAUUUCAAUAAAAAUAAACUUAGUUUUACCUGGAA